AUGGAACGGCCUUUUUCAACCUCCAAAGUCACUGUCGAGUACUUCGAUCCCCACGAUGUCUACAAGCUCAUAGCGCCGGGACUGGUCCCUCGCCUCCCCCUUCGAAAUCUGCACUGGCAAUCCCACGCAGGCCCGUUGCGAUCCAUCGAUACCCUCCACGUCGAGCUUAUAUCCCCUGAUGCACCCGCCGCCCCAGCUUCGCCCACCGUAUCGCCCGCUCUCACAAGGUCAGUCAGCGCGAGCACCGCCAAGGACGACGGCUUUCAGACCCAGCAAAUCGGCGGGAAGAGCACCGCGGCGGACAUCGCCGACACGCCCACGGCCACGGCCCGCUACUCGGGCGCCCAGCGACGACACCAGAUACCAGGUCUGAGGCGCACACCAUACCUUAAAGUGCUGCUGAUCCGAUGCGACGACAGCGACACGUACAAGUCCAAGACGCGAUCCGAGAUACGAGAGUGGAUCAAGGAACACACGCCUCCCUCCCAGUCCACGCGGAAGGCGAAUACGCAAGAGAACCAUGACGCCUUCGAAUGGCUGGUUGUACAUGUCGUCAUUCCCAACACGGCCGCCGCAAACCAACCACGAGUCAGCGGCAAGGGACCUGAUGCUGCCGAAAAGUCGAGGACGUCCAGAUGGGGAUCGGGUUCCUCAACCCUCCUGGAAAAGCUCCGAUCCGACUUCAACAGCUCCAGCAAAAGCGCGCCGGACCGUAUUGCACAGAUUCGCAUAGGUAUCAAUGAUGUGCCGUACGAUAUCCUGCCUCGCGUCGUGCCCGCCACACCGACUGGCUAUUCUGAAUCCCGCCAGGACGCUGAGAAUGCUUGGGAAGACCUCAUUGGCAAGUUCAAGGAGCUGAUACUCUCCUCAUUUGACAUGCGAGUCACGCAGUACGAAGAUGAUAUUAAAGAGAAGGACUCGCAAAGAGCUCUUCCGGGGUGGAACUUCUGUACGUUUUUCAUCUUGAAGGAGGGCCUGGCCCGAGGCUUCGAAAGUGUUGGCUUGGUCGAGGAUGCGCUUGUUGGCUACGAUGAACUCAGUGUCGGACUGGACACCGUCAUCCAGGAGCAAGCGACUUCAGGUGAUGCUGAGAGGCAUGGGGGAUCUCUCUUGGACCACACCGAGGAUUUGGUUAAACGCGCGGAAGCUGCUGUUCAGGCUCUCGGUGCCGCCGAAGGGUCUGAGGAGGACGAUGAGCCAGUUGACUUGCAAGCUCCAGAUGCCCCCAAGAACGACAAGUUCGACGAGAUCCCUAUCAGCUCUACAAAGAAGCCCUAUCGGGAGAUGAUAGUGGCCAACAACGUAUCAGUGUUCGACUUCCGCUGUUAUAUAUUUGCCAGGCAAAUUUCGUUGCUCCUUCGCCUGGGCAAUGCCUGGUCUACCCGGGAAGAGCUUUUGGCUAAGCUCAGGGAGCAACAGGAAUCCGUCCUUCACGGCGUGGCCCCUCAGGCGCCACCGCCCAAGCAGACCGAAGAUGUCGAGAACCUAUCAAUGCUGGCCGAAAUCUGCCGCAGGACGCUGGAAUUCGUCCCUGCCGUGUCCCAGGUCAUGAGGACUGAUAUCUUGUCUGCGCUGAAAGCCAAGCAUUCAGGCGACUCGCCCCUUCUGAGCCCAGUCUUGUCCGAGGCAAUCGACAACCUCGUUGCUUCCUUCGCUUUCUCUGUUGCUCAGCAGAUUCUUGCCCAGACUUCCACCAAGGCGCUCCCCAUCCCCCCAUCAACACUUGGCAACGCAGACACUCACGAGCAGAAGGCGUCGAUCCCUGAGCUUAAGACCAUGAUGCACCCUGCGCGAAACUCGUCCCUUUCAGUACGGACGACGAAUACUAGGCCGCCACCCAGCCCUGGCAUAUUCCCCGGUGCAAGUCGGGCUAGCGCAGAAGACACCACGCCGACCGCUCCAAACGCCCAAUAUCUGAAGGCAGGCUUAGAAGAGCUCGCUGCCAGGCGCGCCGAACUCCAUGCCCUGUCUCGCAAUGUCCUUCAAGGCACCGGCAAGAAGCGGGGCUGGGAAAGCGGUUGGACUUCGGCGCCCGUGGUUGGCGAAUCAGAGGCCAACGAGUUUCAGGAAGUGAGCCUCGAGAAUGAUGAUAAGGAAGAGGAUGCUGAUGACUCGGCACCUUCUUGCGUGGGCCUCGCCGGAAUCGAGAACGGCCUACUGCACGCUGCUCUGGACAGCCGUGAAGACUUUUACCGGCUCUACGAAACACUCACGGACAAAGCCCUCAGACACUACACCGUUGCGAACCAUACGCAUGCAGUCAAGACCAGUAUGGCUGAUCUUGCUGUACUGAAAUAUCAUCUGGGCGAGUACGGCCCUGCUGCCUCGUUCUUCUAUAUGACAACGCCUUUCUUUGGAGAGAACAGCUGGAGUCUUCUGGAGCUGUCCAUGCUUGUCAUGUACUCUCACUGUCUACGGGAGCUACAACGCAAGGAUGAAUUCGUACGGGUGGGACUGAAGCUAUUGACGAAGGCGGCCGCCGCCGAGAACGAAAGAUUACUCCAGAAGAAGUCGCUUUCUGUGGGUCCUUCUGCGGAAGUUACAUACCCUGACAAGAGUGCCAUCAGUGGCUUUUUGAACGAGAUUUUGAGCGUUGCGGCAACGCUGUCCAACGAGGUCCGGGUUCCCCUGAACCAAUUAUUUACCCAAGUGGAGGUCCUAGGAACACCGGAGUAUCACGAUGGAAAGGACCGCUUCUCUCUUACCAUCACACUGAGGAGCCUUUUAGUCGAUGAGCUGAAGGUGGAAAAGGGCACUCUUCGCCUCACCCGUACUAUUCCUGGUGGAACGAAGGAAGUCCGGCUGCAAACCUCGGAGACAAGCACGUUGAAGCCAGGCGUUAAUAAGCUGCACUUCGUCAGCGCAACGAACGUAUCGGGACCCUAUAGAAUACACCAGGUGGACAUCGUCUGCGACAACGUCCACCUGCACUGGGAGCGUGACGUCACCCAGACACCGAGCAAGACCGCCCACGUCUUCCGCGUGCCUGACGUGCAGCUGUAUCGCCCAGCAGGAGGGUUGAGAUGCCGCCUUACGGCGGCCAAGGACAUCCAGCUCGACAAGAACAACUCGGUCGACCUGGAGGUUUCAACAGGAUGGAACUCCAUCACGUCCUGCGAGCUGUCGGUGAAACCCGCCACCGGUGGUCUCCGUAUCAACUCGACAGAAGCCAGUUUUGUCGGCCCCUCCUUCGAAUAUGAAAAACCACCUGAAGCUGGACUGUUCCGUUUCGGGGUCGUCCCCGAGUCGACAACCAUCAAGAUGCGCUUCCCCUACACUAUUGAACAAGACGUCCCCAACAUCUCGGUCAGAGUUGAGGUGAAUUACACGACGGAGGACACAACGUACCACUACUCGAGCGUCUUCUCAAUUCCCAUAUCGCUGGCUUUGGGCGUAAAUGUCCAAGAUGUCUUCAAGGAUAAGGAGCUCUUCUCCCGCUUCAGCGUCUCGACGGCAUCUGCCAGCCCGCUGAAGCUGUUCACGACGAAGCUCCUUGGUUCCGAGGUCUUCAAGGCACAUGCUGCCCCGGGUUCAAGUAGGACCGUCACAGUCUUCCCCAAACAGCCGGCCAGCUUGCUGUACAAGAUCACCAGGAAGUCCGCGAAUGUAAUCAAUGCCAAGACACCGCGAACCAUGUAUCUCAGACUCGAAUACAGCGUGCUGUUGGACGAGAUAAUCGACCAUGUCGAAGAAGUCUUUGCCGAGGCUACCAAGGAAUUGCCGUUAUCGACGUUCUCGGGGUUCCUGAUUGGACGUAUUCUUAAGGAGGUCCAAUCUGGUCUUUCUGCUUAUGAGCUGGAACGCGCCGCCCUGCUUGGCGAGGUACCUACGAGCUUCAUCUCGCCCUUGUUGGCGGAGGGAGCCAUUUCUGGCCUGGGCGCUGUUCCAGGUACCAGUGAAGAUGCGACAAUCAUGCUGAAGGCCUUCCUGAAGGAAUGGCAGACAGCCCACCCGCGACUUACAAUCAAAGAAAUGGACUCUGCGAGACGCUCCAUUCUCAUCCCCGUCGAUGUUCCGUCAAUCCCUGUCUUCCACUCCGUCGACAUCCAGCUCCCGCCACCCUCAGAGCAAACUUUCGACUCGACCGUGGCCGUCAAUGAGCUUCUCGCUGCCAACCUCCGGCUGCGGUGGACACGCAUUUGGGACACGGCUGUCAGUGACGGCAAGAGCAUCAACAAGGACUACGAGUUCAGCUACGAGGUCAACGGUCUUCCCGAGACAUGGCUUGUCGGCGGCCGCAAACGAGGUCACUUCAAGAGCUUGGGCGUCGACAAGUCCGACACGAAGUUCGGCGAGUCAGAGCUCCAUGUCCCCGUUCUAUUGGUGCCACUGAGAGAGGGCCGGCUGCCGUUUCCGAACGUCGAGAUUCGCGAGGUCAAGGAGGAGAAAGACGAAUCGUCCCAGGCGCAUGGUCACCACGAGAUCGACUACCAAAACAUCGGAGAGACGGUGCGGGUGGUGGCCGACUUGCAAAAAGUCACCCUCAGCCUGGACGCUAGCGGCCCUAGCGGGGGCCCGCUUGUGCUUGAGAGCGAGCAUCGCGAGGUGAGCGACCGCAUUUUGCUGUAG